AUGAGGAAACAGAAACCAGUUGUUGUCCGUUGUGUUCGUGAAAAAAUAGGCGAUCAAAGCCAAAAUUACUACGAGUUGCUGGGAGUUUCGAGCGGCGCAAGCCCUCAAGAAAUCAAAGAUGCAUACAGGAAACUGCAGAAAAAACACCACCCAGAUAUUGCUGGGAAAAAGGGCCAUGAGAGCACAUUGAUGCUAAACAAAGCUUACAAAGUGCUCAUGACGAGUGACAUGAGAAAAGAAUAUGAUUCGUCAAUUGGCAAACUAAGUGUUGGUGUUGGCAGCAAAUGGAAAGGUCCUUUGAGGCCUGAAGCUCUGUUUGUUGAUGAAAAUGCCUGUAUAGGUUGUAGAGAAUGUGUGUACCAAGCAAGCAACACAUUCAUGAUGGAUGAGGUUCUUGGAUCAGCAAGAGUCAAAGUUCAGUAUGGCGAUGAUUAUGAUAAAAUAGAGAUAUCAGUUGCUUCUUGUCCUGUAAACUGCAUUCACCGGGUUAAUACAGAAGAAUUAGCAGUUCUCGAGCAUUUAAGCCAGCCACAAAAAAAAUCGGGUUAUGGCAUAUAUGGGCAGGGCUGGGAGAGGACUGCAAAUGUGUUCAUGGCUGCAAAAUCAUUCAACAAACAAUUGAAGAACCAAGAAGAAAACCAGUCGAGACAUGAAAAAUCGACUGAAGAAGAAGAAGAAACACUUGCUCAGGCAGAAGCCCGUGAAAGUGCGUAUAGGAAAAUCAAGAUUCAGAGCUUCGCCAGAUUUUGGAACUGGGUGAAGAAAACAUGA